AUGACAAAAAUCGGUCCUGUUGUAAGAAUUGAAGAGUAUCAUGGAACACAAAUAUGUGAAUACCGUGAUCAUCAGUCAGUUGAAGCCGCAAUUCAUUUAUUUGAGUCUAACUUGGUGUAUUUUGGGAAAAUUCCAAUAAUCAUAACGAAACUACAACCGCAAACACCUCCUGCCAAAUCUGUGGAUCUUGAAACGUAUGUUUCACAGUGUGUAAUUUACUACCUCAAACUACUAGACCUCAAAUUUUUCGAAAAAUUUUCUGGUAGAUCAAAAUAUUUUUCUCUAAUUCUCUCAUUUUUGUGUUGAAUUUCGUCGCUUUUAGUCCCACCCCUAAGAUUGUGUCAGGUCUCAAAAAAUGCGGGAAACUUUUCGGGUAGUAAAUUACACCCUGUGCAGUUUCCUUGUAAAAUCAUUUCGAAAAUCGAUCAUUUUUUUUGGAUUAAAUCCGAAAACUGAUGCGGUUUUUUGUCUCAAGUUUUCUAAAAUUGAGUUAAAUGAUCAGAAUCAGAAUUUUAUCUAUUGUUGAAAACAAAAUUGUACUAUUUUUUCAUUUUACAGAGAUAUACGUUUGACUUCGAGAGGUUUGUGCAUUUUAAUAAGGAAUGGAGAAAAUUACCCGCAAUGAAUUGUUGUCAUAUCCAUAAUGUUGAAUCAGGCAGCUUUGAAGAAAUCUAUGCUUUGAUGACAAAAAUCGGGCCAGUUGCGAAAAUUCAUGACUCACAAAUAUGUGAAUACCGUGAUCAUCAGUCAGUUGAAGCCGCAAUUCAUUUCUUUGAGUCUAACUUGGUGUAUUUUGGGAAAAUUCCAAUUAUCAUAACGAAACUACAACCGCAAACACCUACCAAAUCCGUCGAUCCCAAGCCGUACGUUUAUAUCUUUAAAUACAAAAACGUUUUAAUUUAAAAAAUUAAAUAUUAUUACAGACCUGUUUUCAUCGAUCCGAACGAUGUUAGCAAAAUCAACUUCGGAAAACAAGUCAUCAGAGCGCAAAAGGCAUUAUGGGUCAAAAAAAGGAAGCGAAUUUGCAGAAUGUUUGAAACAUACCACGCCCAGGGUGAGGCAUAUGCAAUAAAAAUUUACGGAAAUUCAUCUCGCCAAUUUGAGAUUUUCUUGAAAAACAGCCAAUUUUUGCUUGUUUUUCCGCUAAAAGUGGUAUUUUUCAGUCAUAAAGGUUGUUUUUUAA